AUGGUAAGUAGACGACACUAUAAAGCAGCAGCAGAAGCAGCAACAACAGCAACAGUAAGGCAGGAGGGGCAGGUUGGUGGGGGAGAGGAGAGAGGACAGCACAGCCAACAACAGGAGGUUCAGCAGGGGCAGGGGAGGCCGGCGAGUGGGGUUGAGGAGAGGGGACAGCAGGGGCAGCAGCGGGAUGGCCAGCAAGGGCAGGUUUCUUCCUCUCUUCCUUUCCUCUUUCCACCUUUCCUUCAACCCUUCUCUUCUUCUCCGCCUCUUCUCUCCUAA